AUGACUUUGUUCACAGGACAAGAUUUCUCCGGGGCGAUCGAGACGGACAACAUUACCGCCAACCAGACAUGUUACAUCGUUCGAGACUUCACCAAGGAGGACAACUUUAGGGAUAGACCAUACGUGGCUCAGUGGCCUCAUAUGCGCUUCUAUGCCGAAGUGCCCUUGUACAGUCCCGCAGGCUACGUCCUUGGUUCAUACUGCGUGGUGGAUGACAAGGCUCGUGCGGAUUUUGGCGAUCUGGAGAUUGCAGCGCUGAGAGAGGUUGCGGAUGCAAUUGCACAACACAUCGAAAAUGUUCGCAUAGUGAAUUGCCAUCGUCGGACAGAGAAUCUUGUCAAGGGGUUGACAACUUUUGUAAAGCAUCACUCGGACUUUGAUCCCACAGAGGUCUCGGCGUCUACCAGUGGCUCGUCACCGGUCAUUAUUCCAGCAGGCGCAAGCUCGAACGAGAAACCUAUCAAUGAGCUCGAUUUGACCGCAACGGCACCAGCUGUGCCUUCCGGUGGAAAAAGUACUGGUGAUACCCGGGGCACGGAACAAUCCUCCUUGACAGACUAUACUGACCAGACGUCCCCAUUAUUCCUUGAUUCAGAGCCUACGGACACCACAUCUUUAUACUCAAACAAUGCCGACAAAACGCCCGUCGUACAGAGCGGUGAAACAGAGCAAGCAGAGGCACCGAUCCCAGAGGAGUCAAAUGCUGCUGCUGUCGGCCAAAGGAGACUUCCAAUGGUCUCAGUGGCCAAUGAGAGUGCGGCUAUCUCUGAGCGGGUCGCCAGGAUUUUCUCGCGCGCCAGCGUUCUUCUCAGAGACUCGAUGGAUUUGGAUGGUGUGCUCUUCCUCGAUGCAUGUCGGAGUAAUUCGGGAGUGGUUUCCACUCAGGAAUCCGGGAACUGGGAACCGUUGCCCAAGACAGCAAACCCGGAAUUUCUCGUUGACCAGUUGCCCAGUCCUCUUGACCUGCCAGGCGUUGGAUCUCUCGCUAAUGACUCCGAAAGACUAUGUGAGCCCUUGGGAUACUCAUUCAGCUCCCGAGUUGAUACAACCUCCGACUCGGAUUGCGAACCCAACAUCACGGAGGAUCUGUUGAACGCCAUGAUUGCCGCAUUUCCUGCUGGUCAGAUUAUAAACCUUGAUGGCGUGGGUCAUGAUGACUAUUUAUUACCAAAGAUUCAGGCACAAGUCGAAGAUCACCCUGCAGGCGAGGCAUCUCAGGCUAGUGCUCUGAAUAACACGCAGCGCAUCUCUAUUCGGCUAGCUCAGCGCAUUCCAGGCGCAAAGUCUGUGCUCUUUUUCCCGUUGUGGGACUGGAACAAAUCGCGCUGGUUAGCCGGGACACUGGUUUGGACGCGGAGCAGUGACCGCGCAUUAGGUAUGGAGGAGCUGCACUACUUCAAGGCCUUUGGUGAUUCCAUCAUUUCCGAGGUCUCCCGGAUAGUCUGGGCGUUCACAGAGAGGUCGAAAUCUGAUUUUAUAUCAUCUCUCAGCCAUGAGCUUCGCUCGCCGUUACAUGGGAUUUUGGCGAGCGCUGAGCUAUUGCAUGCCUCUUCCCUUGAACCAACACAGCGAGACAUGGCAAAAAUGGUUGAGACAUGUGGGCUCACUCUAUUAGACACGAUGAAUCAUCUCUUGGAUUUCUCCAAAAUCAACAACUUGACGACGUUGAAAGACACCAACUUGACUUCUCAGGCCGAUUCUGAUCUCACAAACCUUACCACGGUCUUUAGUCUCGAUGUCUUAGUGGAGGAAGUUGCAGACAUCCUGUAUACAGGACGACGUGCGCCUGAGCUGGUCUCACAUCUUGCGGGCAGAGGACAUCCCGCUACUUCCCAACCAGAACUAAGCGAUCAACAGAGUUCUCGUAAUGAGAUGUCCGUGGUGAUACGGAUUGAAGAGCUGCAUAGUUGGAGGGUCCAGUCGGUUGCCGGUGCAUGGAGAAGAAUUGUGAUGAAUCUGCUCGGUAAUGCCAUGAAAUGGACCAAGUCUGGCUUUGUGGAGAUAUGCUUAUCCAAGGCACGGAAGCAAGUCAAUUCACAGUCUGUCCUUGCCCACCUGUCUGUUACCGACACAGGUCGUGGUAUUGCACCCGACUUCCUCAAGCAUCAACUGUUUUCUCCAUUCGCUCAGGAAGAUUCUUUGUCCGAAGGCGUCGGUCUCGGUCUCAGUAUCGUGCGUCAGUUGGUCAAAUCUCUAGGGGGCAAUAUCAACGUACAGAGUGAGCUGGGUAUCGGGACUCAGGUGGAUGUGUAUGUCCCGGUCCGGCUCUUGGAACCCACUGCAAACGAUUUUGGGGACGCUUCAAUUGUCCUCCAGCCGCCGCCCGCCGCCACUUCGGUACAAAUAUGCUUGGUCAAUUUUCACGGUUAUCCAUCUUUGAGAGAGGCGCCGACGGGCAUUCUGUCAGCAGAUGCGAAGCGUAAGCUAGCUAUUCAGAGCUCUCUUGCCAAGGUGUUCAUGGCGCUGCCUAAUUGGCAUGUGUGUUUGGCCGAAUCUAUGGAAAAGGCCCACGGUGAUGUUGCUGUCAUGGAAGAAACGACCUUCAUGGAAGCCCUGGUGGAUAUUCAGAUCCCAUCUGAACUGAUGGCGAAGACCGGCUUCAAGUUCAUUAUCGUGCUCAGUGGCAGAACACCCCUCUUUACUGGCGAGGAUAAGUUCCGGAAUGUUAUUUACAUCCCUCAACCACUUGGACCUCGGAAAAUCGAAGAAGCAGUCAAAAUUAUUGCGGAACGACUUGACGCAGGUGUACAAGAUGAAGCUGCUGUUUCUGUACCUGGCGAAGUCCUCCCCGUCUGUCCUCGUACGCCUGAGAGGAAACUAGUGCGGGCGAACAUGUCAGAAAGCCCGCAAGUCACCAUAUCGGAGGUUACUGUUGAUACGGCGUCGAGGGAUGCUCCCUGGGGACCUCUCGUCCCUGAUACCCCAAAAGGACCUAAAAAUGUGCAUGUUCUCAUUGUGGAUGACAAUGAAAUCAAUGUCAAGAUUCUGGUGACAUUCAUGCGCAAGAUCGGCUGCGGCUGCGACACUGCGUCCAAUGGCCUGAUUGCAUUGGAGAAAUACAAGGAGUCCGACCGGAGAUACGAUUUGGUCUUAAUGGACCUAUCGAUGCCGGUCAUGGAUGGCUUGGUCGCAACCCGCAAGAUCCGUGAGUAUGAGAAAGCCGAAGGUCUCAUACCGUCACGCAUCAUGGCCGUCACCGGGGUCGCUUCUGCGUCCAUGCAGCAGCAGGCCCUCGCAGCCGGGAUUGACGACUAUCUGGUCAAACCGGUUUCACUUCACGAUCUCAAGAAAAUUAUGAACUUCGCAUGA